AUGCCUACUCCGUCACACCAGCCAGCAGAUUUGACGCGGCUGUUCGACACGAAUCUCCAACCGCGUCGCCGUGUUGCUGCGAUAGAGCGAAUGAGCCUCCUCUCCGAGUAUCGUGAGACGAUACGCAGGCUGUUACAGCACAUGGUAUUUGCCCUCCUCCUGGCAAUCCGACUGUACAUGCUGCCUCUCCUAUACAUCUCCCACAAACUCUCGGUACACGACGACCCUUGGUAUCCUGCAAUCUGGGAUCUGAUCCUGCGUCCUGGUCGGACACUAGCCAAUUGCCGCCGAUGCCGGAAGAGAAAUGACAAUGUGACAGUUUGGAAAGCAUUGGCCAAUGUUGGAGACGGGCUCUUUGCUCCUGUCAGAAUAUUCGGGAGCUUGUAUGCGUUGGCCAGAAUGAUCGGCGAAGAUCCAAAUGCCUUACAAUCGGGUCCGUUCCCUCAGCCAAAUGCUGACACAAUCAGAGAUGUUGACGACCGAAGCAAGGACGAGGGCAGCGUGGAAGACCAAGGCACAGGAUCGUCGAACUCUACGCUUGAAGCACCCGUUAGUGCUUCCCAGAUAUACCAUGCAGCAUUGCUCAGUAACAGCACCCUCGAUGACUUGCUUGCAGCUUUUGAAGCCGACAGAGACAACCAGGCAAUGGGUGGCAGUCGCGUGAGGAUUGGCCACGGUCGGAAUGCAUAUCUUUCUGCUGUACCUCGUGAUGCAGCAGGUCAGAUUAAGCCGCAACAAUACCGAAGUCUGAGCAUUCGAUCUACACCUGAAGCGGUGCUGGCUGCUGGAAAGGCGGACGAACCAUUUCGCAGUCGUGAUAUUCAGUCAAGUCCACAGGAUUUUCAACCGCCCAAGUCCCCAGACAAGCGAGCCAACGCGUGCCUAGUGCAGGACCAAGGUGAAGUUCAAGAAGGCCACGAAUCACCCAAGAACAGCCCUGAGUUACACACAUCCAUUUACACCCGUUACCUUCCUGAGGUACAGCAACCUGACGGAGGACUAGAUGCGCUUGCUUUGGAUCGCUGCCCAACAUUUGUUCGUCGACAGGCUCAAAGCCGCCUUCCCAGACGAUCGGAAAGCAAAGACAAACAAGCCCUCGCCAUGUUGAAAGCAAGAGGUGCAGUGUCAACCCCUGAGCUCACCGCAUCUCCGCCCACCCCGACUAAACGCGUACGGUUGCAACGAAGAGUACGACCGAGGAAGAAUGUGGUGAACGCUUCGAACGACUGA